AUGCAAUCUCUUCUAUCAAAGUUAUUGCCUCUCCUCCUUUUCAUAGGUGCAUUGGAAGCCCGCUAUAGUAGUACAGCAGUGAAAUCAGGUCUACCAAACUGCGUGUCUCGUACUAUUGUAGUCGAUAAAAGUGGUCUAGGAAAUUUUACUUCAGUGCAGCAAGCCAUAGAUUCCAUACCAUCAAAUAACUUGUUGUGGACUCGUAUCCUCAUUAGCUCUGGUACAUACAUUGAGAAAGUUGAAAUCCCUCGAGAGAAACCAUACAUUAUUCUUGAAGGAAACCCGAAUGGUCUAACCACAAUCGAAUAUGGAGAUGCUGGAAAUGUUGUUGAAAGCCCUACGUUUAAGUUGCAGGCAGAUAACUUCAUUGCACGUCAUAAUACAUACAAUACUCUUCUGGAAAUGGAUGAUGAAGUGAGGAAUGUUACGUGGGCACCGGCGGCUGCCAUUGCCGGGGACAAAGCAAGUUUCUAUCAGUGUGGUUUCAUUAGCUUGCAAGACACGUUAAGUGAUGCCAGAGGUCGUCACUAUUUUUAUGAUUCCUAUGUUGAAGGUGCUAUAGACUUCAUCUGGGGAAAUGGCCAGUCAAUGUACGAGAAGUGCCAGAUAAAUUCAACAACAUCAAGAAUAGGCCGUGCCGGUUUCAUUACAGCUCAGGGCCGUGAAAGCGCGAACGAAACUACUGGCUUUGUGUUCAAACAUUGUUAUGUAUCUGGUUCGGGUCCAAUAUUUCUGGGAAGAUCAUACAGGAACUACUCAAGAGUGUUGUUUGCCGGGACAUAUAUGGAAGAUAUAAUCACCCCAGAAGGUUGGAAUUUACCAUCAUGGAGUGUUGGUUCUGAGGAUUUAAUCACAUUUUCAGAAGCAAACUGCAGUGGACCUGGGGCAAACAUGUCCUACCGUGUUAAGUGGGAGAAGCAGCUAUCUCAUCAGGAACUGAUGCAUUUAACAAACACAACUGAUUUCAUAAACCAAGAGGGAUGGAUCGAUGAGCAACCAAAUUAA